AUGAAUUUAAAUAAUGAUGAAUUAAAGUCUUAGGAAAAUAUUAAUUCUCUUGAUGAGGCCAAAGAAUCAUAUACUAAUUAUAGUAAGGUUCUGGAUUUUCAAAAUAUUGAUUAAUAUAAUGAUUCAAAUAACUUUGCUUCAUUUUAUGCAUUAAAUAGACUUAGUAAUCGUUUAGAAAGUAUUACUAAACAAUAUUAAAAGACAGAGCUUCCUAUAUUCAAAACUCUUAAUCUGUGAUGUUAAUGUAAAAGUACAAAAAACAUAAAAUAAUAAGAACUGUUUUUUUUUAUAUAUAUUUAAUAAUUACAAUCUUUUAGCGCCCAACUUGGUGCAAUUUUGUUGAUUAUUAAGUAAUAACUAUAAUAUUUUAGGAAUACUGCAGUAUUUAUAAUGGUUAAAAGAUACCAAAAAUAGUAGAUUUUUAUCUUCCAAUAAACUUGUAUUAUUGUGUUGAAAUACUGAUCAUUUUAUAUCUUUGUUUGAAUAAAGUAUUUUAAAUGAUUAUUCUUAGGUAUUUAAAGCUACCAUAAUAGAGUCUUAACAUCGUAAGAAAAUUGCUAUAGUUUAACUCAUAAUAACGUUGUUAAUUAUUAUUAAUGAUAUUAUUGUAAUGGUACUUGAAAAUAAUAGUCCCAUCAAUAUCAGUUUAUUAAUGAAACCAAUAUUUAUAAUACUUUAAAAGUAAUAAAUAAUCACUAUAGAUAAUAGAUAAACAUUACGUUCUACAAUAUUUCAUUAUUGUUAAAUAGCUAAUAAAGGAAAAGAGAUCUAUUAUUUGAUGAUAUUUUCUUUAAUAUUUUUUGCAGGAUUGGGUUCUGCAAUAUUUUAGAAAAAGAAUAACUCUUAAAUAGAAAACAGUAUAUGUUAAAUAGAUUAGCCUCCUUUUUCAUAACCAGAAAAAUGCAUUGUCAUAAUUCUUUUUGUACUUUAAACUACAGUUAAUUCACCUGAUAUCUAUUUACCAUAUUAUGGAGAAUCUAGAAUGUAUGUAGCAUAUUUUAUCAUAUUUUAAUUUGUUAACACAAUAUUGAUCAUAAAUUUAGUAUUAGCUUUCUUUUAUUCAUCUUACAAAGAUCUUAUGUAAAAAGAAACAAAGUAAAUCUUAUCAAAGUAUAAUCACAGAUUUAGUCUUUAAACUUAGAAAUUUUUUAGAAAUAGAACAGGAUCUGAUAUUACAAGAUUAACAGAUAUUACAUCUCUUGAUAAUGUAAUAUCAAGAUCUAUAUAUUAAAUUUUAGAUAAUCAAUUUUAUGAAAUUUUUAUCGAAAUACUUUCAUUAGUUUCAUUUGUGAUGAUAUUUUUAUAAAUUACUCAUGUGAAAUUAUAUAUUUUGUUAUUUUGCAAUUCAAUAAUAUUUGCAGAAUGUCUUUUACUAUUAUUUUAUACUGGUAAAAGAAGGAUUUGGAAAAAAAAAUCUUUAAUUAUUGAAUUUCUAUUUUCCAUUUCCAUACUUCUAUUAAUUAUCUUAAAUUUAAUUGGAUAAAAAUAAUAAAGAAUUUUACUUAUUUUAUUAUGUUAUAGAUUAUUUAGAGGAUGUAAAUGGAUGUUAAAGAAUAAAAGUUUUACCACUUUAAUAAUUUCAAUAACAUCAAUCUUUUAGUAUAUUGUAUAAUUAUUUGGUACUUUAUUUAUACUUUUUAUGUUGUUUACAGCAAUUGGACAAUUACUUUUUGGAGGAAAAAUCUUAUUUUCUGAUGAAAAUGAAGUUCAUUAUGAAUUAGCAAAUUUUAAUGAUUUUUAUCUGGAAUGUGUACAUGUUGGUUUUUAUUGA